CAUCAAUCCACACUCCCACAGUCUGGAUCAAUCUCCAUUGAAACCUGGUCCCCGGACCGACACAUCCUGUCGUCAUUCCUAAUCCAUCAAAGUGGGUAAUUGGCCUGUCUUACGACUAACUACUCCCAAUUUAAUUUGAUCCGGAACUGUCACACAAACAUCUAUCACCGGAUAUUUCCUUGGGCCGUUUGGCUUCUACAGAAAAUUGGCAUUAUGGCAUCCGAAAUGGACACAGUGGUUAAUUCGAGCGAGACCAAUGCCUACCUCAUCUACAUCCCCGUCGGUGUCUUCCUGAUUGUGUGCCCUUUUCUCGUGGCAACCAGAUUCUGGUCACGCGUGAAGCAGGGUGGACGCGUCGGACCCGAUGAUUACAUCAUUCUGGUGUCCCUGAUGUGUUCUCUUGCAUCUAGUGCCAUCAUGUUGGCCUCUUGCCACUAUGGAUACGGCAAGCAUAUUGUCACCUUGACUGGCUAUGAACGGGCAGAAGCGCUCAAGUUGUUCUGGGCAUGUCAAAUUACCUACAAGGCUUGCAUCAACCUCACCAAGAUCUCGAUACUUCUCUUGUAUCUCCGAAUCUUCGCCGCUAUCAGAUGGUUUAGGUGGAUCUGCAUAUUCAUGGCAAUCGCCACCGCCAUUUAUUGCGUCGCGUCCAUCGUUGCGACCAUCGUCCAAUGCACACCAAUUGCAUAUGCAUGGGAUAAGACCAUCCAGAAUGGCCAGGUCAAUGUUAACAACUUGCAAUUUUGGUACGCCAACGCUGGUUUCUCCAUUGCGACAGACGUCAUCAUCCUCCUUCUUCCCAUGCCACUGGUGUACACGUUGCAAAUUCCUCGAAUCCAGAAAGUGGCCCUUGCCUUCGUUUUUAUGCUUGGAGUAUUCGUUGUCAUCACAUCUUGUCUGAGAGUCACUUCCAUCGAUAUGCAGGCGAAGACUACCGACAAAACAUACGACAUUGUAUCGACGAUGUGGACAAUCAUAGAGAUGAAUGUGGCUAUUGUAUGCGCGUGCCUUCCACAGAUCCGACCCCUUAUCGUCAAGCUGUUCCCGAAGCUCAUGUCCGGAUCUUUCUCUCCCCGCGACCGACCGAGUGGAAAGACACCGUACGACAGUGCCUUUUCCAGAGGCAUUCGACAUAGUCAGGCCAAUUACGUGGAUAAUGAUUGGGAACAUGGGGAUUGCAAGGAUGGUUUCAACAUGACAAACAUCCGAAAGGGUGACGCCGGCUCCGAAGAGUACAUUCUGCACGAGGACAAAUCAUUGCAGAUCCAGAAGACAGUCGGAUACAGCAUCGAGUUCUCGAAGGACUCACCGUCGAAGUACUCAGGACAGGAAGACGCUUGAAUGCAUUGAGCGUUCUGUCGGACCCGAAGCAUACCCACAGGUACAUGGGAGAGAAGGUAGUGGCAUUGGAGACAAAUGUCUUAUUUCAUAGGCACAUGUGCUCCGAGUGGUACAUGCAUAAGGUUGCUGGUC